AUGAUACUCGGCCGCAGCCUCCUCACCUGGAACCCACCGCCGCGGCCGCAUCUGAAACUGUCCCGCCCCACCGCCGCCACGUCCCGCGUUGCCCUAUCUGCUGAGCCGGAGACCGAACGAGUCAAACUCGCCGAGUCACUCCAGUCCGAGACCCUCAAAAUCCUCGAAUGGCCGUCCGUCUGCACCCAGCUCUCCGCCUUCUCUUCCACCUCCAUGGGCCUCGCGGCAGCGCGUUCGGCACGCAUCCCGUUGGGCCGAAGUCCGGGAGAGACACGCCGUCUCCUGGACCAGACCUCCGCGGCCGUGGCAGUCCCCCAGCCAUUGGACUUCUCCGGAAUCGAAGACGUCUCUCCGAUUGUGGAUGCGGCCGUUUCCGGUGGGAUGCUAUCGAUCAGUGAGCUUUGUUCUGUGAGUAAGACGCUUAGGUCGGCUAGAUCAUUGAUUGAGCAGUUGGAAGAGAUAUCAUCCGAGGGUCAUUCAUACGAGAGGUACUCCCCACUGCUCGAAAUUCUUCAGAAGUGUGAUUUCCUGACAAAGUUGGAGCAAAAAAUAGAAUUCUGUGUAGACUGUAAGUACUCGUUAGUCCUGACCCGAGCUAGUGAAGAAUUGGAAUCAAUUAGGUCUGAGAAGAAAACUAACAUGGAAAAUCUUGAGUCGAUGCUGAAGGAUAUAUCGAGUAAAAUUUUCCGCGCUGGUGGGAUUGACAGACCUCUGAUUACCAAAAGGAGAUCAAGAAUGUGUGUGGCAAUCAGGACUACACAUAGAUAUUUGCUUCCUAGAGGAAUAGUAUUGGGCUCCAGCGGCUCUGGAGCAACUUAUUAUAUGGAACCACGUGAGGCAGUUGACUUGAAUAAUAAUGAAGUGAGGCUAUCGAAUGCUGAAAAGAUGGAGGAGCUAACCAUACUAAGCCUUCUUAGUGCUGAGAUUGCGGAAUUUAGUGAGCAAAUCAAGUAUUUAUUAGAUAGAGUAGUGGAAGUGGAUCUUGCUUUUGCAAGAGCUGGUCAUGCUCGAUGGAUUAAUGGAGUCUGUCCAAAUUUCAGUUCCGACAAUGAAAAUUGUGAGUAUAAUUCGUUUUUGGUGCAUGUAAAUGGUAUGCAGCAUCCUUUGCUUCUCGAGUCUUCACUUAAAAAAACUUCCGUUCUUUCCACUUCAAGGAGUGCAUGUCAUUCGGAUAUAGUCCCCCUUGCCUUGGGUUUUCCCGUCCCCGUUGACUUCAGAAUUGGAAAUGGGGUAAAGGUGAUUGUGAUUUCAGGACCCAAUACAGGAGGUAAAACCGCAUCAAUGAAAACUCUAGGGCUGGCUUCUAUAAUGUUGAAAGCUGGAAUGUACUUACCUGCACAAAGCAAUCCAAGAAUUCCGUGGUUCGAUCUUGUUCUUGCAGAUAUUGGCGACCAGCAGUCUCUAGAGCAGAGCCUCUCAACUUUUAGCGGCCACAUAUCACGAAUUAACAAAAUCCUCAAAGUGGCUUCUGAAAGAUCUCUUGUCCUCCUUGAUGAGAUUGGAAGCGGGACUGAUCCUGCAGAAGGCGUGGCUCUCUCAGCCAGCAUAUUGCAAUAUAUCAAAGACAAAGUAAAUCUGGCUGUUGUGACAACCCAUUAUGCUGAUUUAAACUUAUUAAAAGAGAAAGAUGCACGGUUUGAGAACGCGGCUAUGGAGUUCUCCAUGGAGAGCCUACAGCCAACAUAUCGGAUCCUAUGGGGAAGCAUGGGCGGAUCAAAUGCAUUGACUAUUGCAAAAACAAUCGGCUUUGAUGAAAACAUAAUCGAGCGGGCAAAAUCUUGGGUGAAAAAGCUCACGCCAGAAAAGAUGCAGAAACUCAAUAGUUCGCUGUAUCAGUCUCUUGUUGAAGAGAGAAAUAAACUCGUGGCUCAGGCAGAAAGAGCUACGUCUCUUCAUUCAGAUGUACUGAAGCUUUAUAAUGAGAUCGGUGACGAGGCAGAUGAUCUUGAUGCCCGCGAAGCGGCUCUGAAAACUAAAGAAACCCAACAAGUGCAACAGCAACUCAAGGCUGUGAAGGCCAAGAUCGAUACUAUAGUGCAAGAAUUCGAGAAACAGCUGAGAAAUACGAACCCCGAUGACUAUGGUAAACUUUUGAACGAAUCAGAAUCUGUCAUAGCAUCUGUUGUUAAAGCUCAUCAGCUUUCUGAAAAUCUUCCCGUCGAUAAAAGAAAUAGUUUCUACAUUCCACGAAUUGGGGAGCAAGUCCUUGUAAAAGGUUUAGGAAAUAAGGUGGCCACUGUAGUUGAAGCACCGUCUGACGACAAGACGGUCCUUGUCCAAUAUGGUAAAAUCAGAGCCCGUGUGAGUGCAAGUGGUAUAAGUCCUCUCAAUGGUGAUAAUCGUGUCUCAUCCUCAGUUUCACGCUCAAAAAGACAGGGCCAACAACGGGUCAAAGGACUCAAGAAUCUUUCGGAAAUUAUAAACGAGAACGAGGUUUCCGAUGGUGUUGUUGUCCGAACGUCUAAAAACACGGUGGAUUUAAGGGGAAUGCGAGUUGAGGAAGCUGCUGUCAAACUCGACAUGGCCAUAAAGUUGCGAGGCUCCAAAUCCGUUGUCUUCAUUAUACACGGGACAGGCACUGGCGUCUUGAGGGAGUAUGUACUCGAACGACUUAGAAAACAUCCGCGCAUUGCAAACUUUGAGCAGGAAAGCCUGACAAACUAUGGAUGUACGAUUGCCUACAUCAAGUGA